GUGUGAGUGAGUGAUCCGGAGUGUGUUCUCGGUGAUAAUCGGACUGCCUUUAAUUGCGGUUCUGGAGGGCGUGUGUGUGUAAUGCGAUAGUCCCGUUCUUAAUGCUUUCGCCAUCCUCAUGCGUGUAGAACAGUCCGAGAGAGCAGGAGAGGAGAGAGCGCACACACACACACACACACACACACAGGAACUGGAGAUCAGAGGCGGCACAUCCCUUAAGAUAUAAAAAAGUGGGGAGAGACCGCACUUUUCACGGAAGUGCUUCCUCCCUCAACUUGUGCCUAUUUUGUCACGGGGCGAAGUUUUAAGGAGGUUUCGUGCGGAUGAGAGCUUUUGGUUGGACUCCGAUUUUAACAAGGUGCAGCAGUCAGUUUCUCUCACACUUGCCGAAGCAGCCCCUACUUAGAGGGUCUCUCUGUUCCUGGGAGUGUUCUCCUUGCUGUUUGGACUGCGUUUUAUCUGGUGUUAGACCAUCCUCAAGGAUGUAACAGAGAGAGAGAGAGGAAACCUUCGAACCGGCUAUCGGAGAGAGGAAGUGACACCAUCCCGGGCUUAAAGAGAAGAGGACUCAGGCUUCGUUUUGUAAUUGUUUUUGGAGAGAGAGAGAGGAGGAGGAACUGUCGUCCGAGAAAAUAAGCCUAGAGAAGGGGAAAGAAGUGUUUGUGUCCGUGAGGGAGAGAGAGAGAGAGGGGAUCUCACACCUCAGCAGAGUGGGAUAAGACAACCCCCCCGAACAGCUAGGAUAUAACCGGGCAUCAGGAGACAUCAGAAGUGGAAUUUACAGAAACACACACACACACACACACAACUGACCCUCCGGGGAACAAAAUCAGGAGGCUUUGCGAGGAUGUUGGCGAGAAUGGGACCACUCCUGUGGAUCACUUGCUGUUGCUUAUUGAAACUUGGCGUUGCACAGAACGGAGGGCCGCCAUGCGGGGAACGUUUAAACGCAAGAGAAGCGGGUUACAUCACCUCACCUGGAUACCCACAUGACUACGUGGCUCACCUGAGGUGUGAAUGGGUCAUCUACACACCUGAGAGUCAUCAGAAGAUCCUGCUGAACUUUAACCCGCACUUUGAACUUGAAAAACAUGACUGCAGGUACGACUACAUUGAAAUCCGUGACGGAGAGGGGGAGAGUGCGGACCUACUGGGCAAAUACUGUGGGAGUAUCGCUCCAUCGUCCAUUGUGUCCUCGGGGUCCACACUGUACAUCAAAUUUGUGUCGGACUACGCACACCAGGGAGCAGGAUUCUCGCUGCGUUAUGAAAUCUUCAGGACAGGGUCUGAUGAUUGCUCCAAGAACUUCACUGCUCCCAGUGGCACGAUUGAGUCUCCCAAGUUUCCUGACAAAUACCCUCACAAUCUAUACUGCACUUACAUCAUUCAGGCACCUCCCAGGUCAGAGGUGACCCUCACCAUACUGACCUUUGACCUGGAAUACGACCCCCUGCAGAUUGGACCAACAGACUGCAGAUACGACCGUCUCGAUGUUUGGGAUGGACUUCCAGAAGUGAGCCCUCUGAUUGGACGCUAUUGUGGUUCAAAGAUCCCAGCUGUGAUCCGUUCCGAUACUGGAAUCAUGUCGCUCACCUUCCACACAGAUAUGGCUGUGGCUAAGGAUGGCUUCGCUGCUGAAUACAACAUCUCAACGAAAGACACUGCGGACUCCUAUCAGUGCAAUCGUCCGCUGGGAAUGGAAUCUGGUCAGAUCAGUAAUAUGCAGAUCACUGCCUCAUCCUCCUACUCCUAUGGAAACUGGGAUGCGAGCCAGGGGCGGCUCAAUUACCACAUAAAUGGUUGGACACCCAACGAGGACACGGUCAGGGAAUGGAUCCAGGUGGACCUUGGGAUACUGAAGAUCCUAACUGGUGUUGCCACCCAGGGAGCCAUCUCUGUAGAUACAUCCAAGACUUACUUUGUUAGCACCUACAAGUUGGAGGUGAGCUCUAAUGGAGAAGACUGGAUGACCUAUCGACAAGGGAAGAACCACAAGUUGUUUCCAGCCAACACAGAUGGUAACGAGGUGGUCCUGAACACACUGACCCCACCUGUCCUGGCACGCUUUGUCCGGAUUAGGCCUCAGAUGUGGACCAAUGGAAUAUCGAUGCGUUUUGAGCUCUAUGGAUGCCAGAUUACAAAUGCACCUUGCUCCGAUAUGCUGGGAUUGCUUUCCGGAAUUAUCCCCGACUCCCAGAUCUCGGCCUCCUCUACGCGGGACUACCACUGGUCAUCAGGCAGUGCCCGGCUUGUUGCCAGCCGAUCUGGAUGGUACCCACGACAGUCUCACCCUCCGCCUGGCACGGAAUGGCUCCAAGUGGCCUUGCCCAUCCCAAAGACCAUCAGCGCCAUCAUCAUCCAGGGUGCACGAGGAGCAUCGGUGGUGGAUGGUGGGACAGGAGGAGAGAAUAAGGCUUUCGUGCGGAAGUUUAAAUUAGCUUACAGCAUGAAUGGAGUCAACUGGACAUUUGUGAAGGAAUCGGGAGGAUCACGACACAAGAUGUUUGAAGGGAACAUGAACUACGACACUCCUGAGAUUCGGAGAUUUGAUCCUGUGCCUGCGCGGUUUGUCCGAGUGUAUCCAGAGAGAUGGUCUCCUGCCGGUAUCGGGAUGCGCUUUGAAUUGCAGGGGUGUGAUUUACUGGCUACCACCACGUCUGCUGCAACUAUUGUAUCCACACAGUGGAUUGGAGAGAAUGCCACAGAGGCCCCAUGUGUCAAUGAGGACGAUCCUUCCUGCAUGGCCAGCCCACAUACUCUUGAAAUACACCCCAGCAUCGAAGGCUUCAACUGCAGUAUUGGGGAGCCACAAAACAAUGAACUCUGUGGAUGGACAAAUGACCCGUCAGCCACCUCUAAGUGGAUGGUCCACUCUGGCAGCUCCAAGUUUGAAGAUGUAGGACUGAGCCAGGACCACAACGCAGAUAAAUGGAGUUACCUGCACAUUGAAGCUACUAAGAUGGUUGAAGGGCAGCGUGCCAGGCUGCUUAGUCCCAUGGUACCACCCAUCAACAGCCACCGUUGCAUGGUGUUCUGGUACCAGAUGCGCGGUGCCAAUGUUGGCACCCUACGGGUGCUGUUGAGGAAGAGGACAAAUGAUGUGACGUUGUGGUCACUGAGGGGAGAUCAGGGGGACAAGUGGAAAGAGGGAAAGAUCAUCCUGCCGGGAUACAACGUUGACUAUCAGGUCAUCAUUGAAGGUAUUGCAGGAAAUGGUGCUAGUGGAGACCUUGCGAUUGAUGAUAUCGCCAUAGCAUCACAUGUGUCACCUGACCAAUGUAUACAGCCCAUCAGUGCCUUUCCAGGAAUCCAUGCUAGUGAUACACCGACAGCAGGGGGACGCCCUGCGGGGAGCGAACCCACAGUGGAGUCUGUGUCAGCGCAGCCCAUCCCCAAUUACUGGUAUUACAUAAUGGCUGGAGGAGGUGCUCUGAUAGUGCUGCUCUGUAUCUCUCUGGGCAUGGUGCUAUAUCGCCAACGGUACGGAUUUGCAGCCAAGAAGAGCCUUCACUCGGUCAAUUUCAAAAACGUCCAGUUUCCUAACGGCUAUGUCACUGGAGUGGAGCCUGGGCUCACUAUAAAAAUUGGAAAGGAAGAUUACACCUCAAACUGAGAGAACACACGGCUAGGAAUAUUAAAAAAAAAACAAAACGAAAAACGUUAAUCGUAUCGCUGGCUCUACUUGCACUCUCCACUGCAAUCGCCAUGGGAACGCCUGCUUUUUCUAUUCUCUCUACUCAACAUCGCACCUGUGGAUUAUAAAUAGAAAAGAAAAGAGCGACGAUCUCACACAUCGUGUUAUCUUUCAUUUUUUUUCCUUCUUCUGAGAGAAUUGGUUGUGCAAGAUCUCCUCACAGUACUGUAUGAGGCAAACUGGAAGAACAGCCCAGAAGGGGGUCCUUCUGUGUUUCUCCGAGAAGCAGUGUCUCGUGAAGACUUUUUUUUUGUUGAUAUUUUACGUAAUUCUGGGUGGAAAAGAAAUUGACAGUCAUAAUCUAUGGCACACAUACACAGAAAAAUAUUUUUUAAAAAGUGCAAGCAAGUGUGCCACAGUUCCCCGUAAAGCCUUUCCUUUGAGGGCAGACUGAAAUUUCAUUUAAUGAUGGUCGGGCAAAAUGGUUGCUUUAAUGUGGAAUAUUUCUAGGCAGUACAUGCUGGCUUCCAUGUUUGUCUCCUCAGUUUGUUCUCUCGAUCUGUCUUAAUUUUUCUCCAGCCUUUAUGAACUGCCUGCUCUGGCUUUAUAACAUUAGUUGUCAAAAAGGUUCUCUCAACCAGAAAGGACAAAGCAUCGCAUUGCGGUCCUUGGUCUCCUGCCCAAUGUGCCUCCCACAUCCAACAUAACCAAUAGCUGGUUAACUGGUCAUUGAGUUUGUGGAAUCUUGCUGUGCACCAAUUCAGCCAGCAAGCCAACAGUCCCCUGCAUUUCAGAGCAAUUCAUUCUACUCAAAAGCAUUGAGAUGCUUCACAGAGCACAUGGCAAGGUGCUUAUAUGUAAAUACCACUCUCCUUCUGAAGGUCUCCAUGUUCAAAGGAGCUGCACUGCAAUAAUUAAAUAGACUUGUGGAAUUUGAGAUCCAAAUCCUGUCGUAGCAAAUUAGUCACUGUACCAACCUGGCGUUGCAGAGUGGGUGGCCAUUUUGGAAGGGGCCUUCAAGUAACCGAGAAUAGCCCACCAUGCAAUUUAGCGAGACAACAUGCUAAAAAAAAAUUAGCAACUGAUUUCUCCAGUUUUUCUUAAAAAGUGAAGCCUUACUGCUAGAGAAAAAAAAAAUAGGCCUAAACUGAAACACCUGGCUCCUGGUUGAAAGGCGUGGGUUUUCACUUGUUUCUCGCCCUUGGAGAGUAUAAUAAACAUGACACUGUUGUGAGGGACAGUAAUUCACAUGUAAUUGCCGUGAACAUGAAAGAGCAUUUUGCAUUUUCAAAAAUAGGUCUAUUUCGCUCUUUAUUGUUCUGAAAAUUACAUCUUUCAAAAGGCAAAUCAAGCAAAAUUGUGCACUAAUUGAGAAGCCAAAUGAACACACCUGCCGCAAGUAUCUCUGCCUUCUAGAACUUUCCUAAAAUAGGACAGAUGACAUUUGUCAAUGUUAUUUUUUGCAUGUGAUGCUGAAAGAAGGUGGCUCUUCUUCGACCACCUGCAGCAUGCCUUCAUCAGAUUGAAAAAUGCACUGACAAGGCACGAAAGCAGAAAAGUCCAUUCAUCCACUGAGCAUGCCUGCCUUGCUUCAUCAUGCAAUCUUCCAUUUACUUCCUUUACUAAAGUUCCCCAAGGAGGCCCAGCCAAACCAUAUAUCAGGCCAAAUUCCAUCUCUCCAUCCAACGUUAAUACAGAGCAGGAUCCGAUGAAGGUGGUUGAAAACGUUUGACCUUCUUGUUUCAUGGUCCAGCAUCUGGCACAAGUCAGGUUGAUAGAUUUUUAUUGGGUAAGGGUUUUAAGGGCUACGGAAGCAAGGAGAGCAAAUGGAGUUUGAGAUUCAGAUCGGCCAUGAUCUAAUUGAGUAAUGGAAUGGACUUGAGGGGCUGAAUGGCCUCAUCCUGUUCCUGCGUUCCUCAGGGAGAUAGGUUUGUGCCAGGGCAGAGUCACUUUAACCCUUAAGUGUCUUCUGUGCCUCAGUCAAUCAUGAACAUAGUCAGAAGAUUGUGGGCUCAAGUCUCACUCCAGCUGGUUGAGUACAAAAAAUUCCAGGCUGACGUUGCAGUGCCAUACUGAGGAGCGCUGCACUGUCAGAGGUAGUGUCUUUCAGAUAAGAUGUUAAAAGUGAGGCGUUCUUGGCCGCCUUAAUUGGAUAUAAAAGACCCCACAGCUCUGUUUUGAAGAAGUUAUCCCUAGGUAUCCUGACCAGUAUUUAUCCCUCAAUGAACAUUACUAAAAACAUUAUCUGGUCAUUAUCACAUUGCUGUUUGAAGGAUCUUGCCAUGUACAAAUUUGCUGCCAUGUUUCCUAUAUUAUAAUAGUGACUCUAAUUCAAAAGUACUUCACUCUUCUGAAUUAGGUGCACUUGAUGCUGAGACUCCGUGCCUGAAAUCGUAAAGUGCUUCGAUUUCCGGCAAUGGCAUCUCUCACCUUGAUGAGCAGAAAGACACACACACUGACACACUUACAGACAUGCACAUGUCGACACUUACACAGACAUGCAAGCACGCACAAAUGUCCACACACGCACAGAAACACACACGUUAAAAUCUCCUCUGAAAGAGGUUGUUUUGUACUGAGAGCUGCCAUUUGCUGCCUUGGUGACAUUUGUUUAGUAGCCUUUUGUCACCAGAUGAUGAUGUCACGCUGAUUGCCGCUCUAGAAAUAGAUGUCAACAUGAAGAUGGUCUUUGGAAAGAUUUGAUUGAAACCGGAUUUUGCUGGUGAUUAGCCAGGAGAAGAGUUUGCUCCGUGCUAAUGGUAAUCACAUACUCUGGGGGGAGAGGAGAAGAAAAGAAUUUAAAAUGCUCACAGCUCUUCUUUUCCCAUGUAAUUUGAGUCUGCAGCGAGCAGCAUGACAUCGCCAUCCAGUGACAAAAGGCUGUUAAUGAUUCUGCCCGGCAAUCAAUCAUCACUCUCAGUAAGUGGAUGAUCCUUCACUCUGAGACAUGCUUUCUGAAGCAGUCUUAAUCCAAAUGUCACAUUUAUUCAUAUUCCCAGCGCUUAUACUCAUUCUGCAAUUGUCACAUAAUCGUCAGCAUUAGAACAGGGAGAUAUUUCUGCAAAUUUGAUCUAAAUCCAUGUGUCAGCCAUGCCUCAGUGGGCAUCAAUCAUGUCUUUGAGUCAGGAGGUUGUGGGAUCAAGUUCCAUGACAGGACAUGAGUGCAAAAUCUGGGCAGAUGCUCCAGUGCAGUAGUAAAAGAGUACUGCGCAGUCAGAGGUGUUGUCUUUCAGGUGAGAUAUUAAACCACAAACCCUGUCUAUCCUCUCUGGGGGAUGUAAAAAAUUCCAUUCCAGGGGAGCUCUCCCCAGUGUCCUGGCUCAUGUUGAUCCCUCAAUCAGCUUCACUAAGAACCAGUGGUCAUUAUCAUAUAGGUUCAUGGGACUUUGCUGUGUGCAAACUGAGUGCUGCACUUCCCCAGAUUACCACAGUGACUGCACUUAAAAAGUAUUUAUUUGCCUUUAAAGCACCUUGAGAUAUCCUGACGUUGUGACGGGUGCUAUAUAAAUGCAAGUCUGUCUGUCUUGUUGCAGUCAGUGAAAGAUAUAUUGUUUUAACAUGACAUUUCAAUUACUACUGUUCCUCAAUCCUGAAAGAGGCAGCUGUCUUCAUGAAAAUGUGCUUAGUAAAUGUUUCAGCAAGCAAAGAAGGUGCAGAAGUGUAAUGCACCAAAACAGAUCACUGCACUGUGUGGUCCUCCCGAUUCAUCCCUUCUAAACUUAAAUAAAUGCUUGCCACGGCACUAUUUCUUUCACAUGGGAAAAUCCUUUAAAAUGCUAUGAAAAGGCAUUCUUUCAUAUAGAAAACCCUCAGAUUUCACAGCACUCCAAUGACAUCACAGUGUCUCAGUGACAUCACAACACUCCAAUGACAUCACAGCGCUCCGGUGAUAUAACAGUGCCCCAACGACAUCUCAGUGUUCCAGUGACAUCAGAACCCUCAGGUGAUAUUACAGCACUCCCAGUAACACCCCAGCACUCCAGUGACGUCACAACACUCCAAUGACAUCACAACACUCCAAUGACAUCACAGCACUCCAGUGUCAUCAUUGGAGGAGCUGUGAGCAGCACUCACAAUUAGAGUCACUGGAGGUGAGUAGGACUAGACUAAUCCUGGAUGGCCUCUGCAGUUGUGAAGGCUUGAAGUGCCCAAAAAAUAGUCAAAGGGACAGCAAUAGGUAUAUUCCCAACAUUAUGUUCCCAGCCUAGUCAGGAGAAUCCCAGCUCGCAAGCAAACCUUGCUCCAACAACCUUCUGGAAAUCGUGGGCAGGAUUUCCAGCCCGGCGUGUGGGCGUGUGCCUGACACACUUGACGUGAAAUAGCUCAUGAUGAUGUUGGCCGAGCAUCAUGACAUCAUCGCGCAUUUGCGUGACACUUUGGUCGACGGGCACGCAUGCAAUUAAGAGGCCUAUAAAGGCCGUUAAGCAGUUAAUUAAACUGUAUUUUUCGCUGCCUGUCCAAUGUUACAGUUGGUGGGCGGGCAAUUCGGCCAGGCGGCCUUUGGAUUUUUGAGGAAACCUCAUCCACGGGCGGGUGGGGACAUUUUUUUCAGAUUUUCAACAUCUUUAUUUUUGAUGUUAAAAUUCUUCAACUCCUUGAGGCAGAUCUCUGCCUUCAGAGAGCUUUCAUUGCGCGCUCCCCUCCCGCCUGCGCAGACUUCGGCUCUCGCCCUCCUUCCGUGAUAGCGCUGAGCUACUCAGCGCGCCUUUCACGCUAUCUGGUCGUUAAUUGGCCAGCCAGCAUGAAAUCGCAGUCGGGGGCCGAUUGCGGGCGGUGGGCUGUUUCCCGGCUGCUCUGGGUUCAUCCGGUCGAUGACCCGAAAAUCCUGCCCCAUGAGAAUUGGUUGAUGCACGGUACACCUCAUUUUUCCUUUCUGUCCUACUAGUCUCAACAAUACUUUAGUAGUGGAGGUCUUCAUCAUGUACAGCAAUCAAUCUCUAUCAAUUUGUUUAUAAUUUUAAGGGAAAGUCCCAUUGGUGGAGAGCCUUAUGAAGCAGAGCUCCCAAGUCACUUGUUUCUCCCAUGCCUACUAUACAUAUACCACAUGUCACAUCUCAAAUUUUCAGAUACUGCAUCCCAAAAUAUUUCCUGAAAUACAUUCAUCUGAUUUGCAUUUGAAUGGAUCAACACUAACUGCUUGUGCAGUCUCCCUAGAAACCCAAUUCCCUUUGACUGACCACUCACUCACUGAAACAACAUUUCCACAGGUUGGUUUUGAAUUUUCCUCCCUUCAAGCAAUGGCUGCUUCCUCUAAUUCUACUGAUCCAGAAAAGAUGACCCAGUUUGCCAAUGCCUACAUUAACCUUUUUUCUUUACAAUCGUAGAAAUCAUUAUUACCUCACAAUCUUCACAAGAGGUCAGUUAAUUCAGAUGUGCAUGUCCCUUUUAUUAUAAAGGAGAUCUCAAAUCUAAAAAUAAAGGGAUUUCAGUUACUUGGUGCUUGUUAUAAACAAUAAAUAAUGAUGAAUUGUUUCAAGAGUACAGAUGCCUCUCUAAAGAGCAGACCUUUAUGUGCAGAGAAGGUGUCUUCUCUAUAAUAUGUUGCUACAUAUUUUUUGUAGAUACGUGUUUACCAUCCUCCACUGAGAGAGAAAAUGUUCAUAAUAAGCACCUUUUUUUGUGUACUUUUAUAUUUCUUACAUGUCCACCAAUUGUGGACCAAACCUGUCUGUUGGAAUCAUACUUUGUUUUCUAAUGUACCCUAAUGUUGCCAACUCUGGUUGGGAGCAAUGCUGGGUGUUCCUUCAAAUGGUCUCCGAGACAAUCAAGCAGUGUUUGUUAUUUUUCACAACUCUAAUAUUUUAGUAACUAGCAAACAAAACUUUUCAAAGAUUCUUUUUUUUCCACAAGCAUACUUUUUUUUAAUGUCCUGAAUGAUAUUUAUUUCUUCACUCGUAUCUUGGAGGUUUAUCUUUAAUCCCCGAAGACUCCAGGGCAUUCCUAGAGGGUUGGCAACCCAACCCACAACCCUUGAGUUUCCAUUUAGCUUCAUUGGAACAGUGCAGCAGACCAAGGAUAGGGAGGUCAGAGUGGGUGUCAGUUGGAGGAUUAAGAUAACAGGUGUUCCAAAAAGCGAUCACCCAAUCUAUAUUUGGUUGCCCCAAUGUACAGGAGACCCCAUUAUGAGCAGCAAAUACAGUAUACUAGAUUGGCAUAAGUAGAAGUAACUCACUGUGUUACCUGAAGGUGUACUCAGACUCCUGGAUGGUAAAAAUGGAGGAGGUAAAAGGGCAGGCAUUGCAUCUCCCAUGUUUGCAUGGAUAGGUGAUGUGGAAAGGGGAGGAGGUGUUAGGGAGGAUUGAGGAGUAGAGUCAUGGAAGGAAUGGUCCCUUCAGAAUGCUGAGAGCAAAGGGGAGGGGAAGAUGUGUUUGGUGGUGUCAUCAUGCUGGAGGUGGCAGAAAUAACGGAGGAUAAUCUGUUGAAUAUGGAGGCUGAUGGGGUGGAAGAUGGGGACAAAGGGAUCCGUAUAGUGGUCCUGGGAGGGAGAAGAAGGGGUGAGAGCAGAAGUGCAGGAAAUAGAAUGGGCAUGGUAGAGGGUCCUGUCAACCAUGGCAGAGGGGAAUCCUUGAUUGAGGAAAAAGAAAGACAAGAUGGAAGGUGACAUCAUCAGAACAGAUGCAAAAAAGAUGAAGAAACUGGAAGAAUGGAAUGGAAUCCUUACAGGAAACGGGGUGGGAGGAAAAGUAGUCAAGGUAGCUGUGAGAAUCAGUGGGCUUAUUGUUGAUGUUGGCCCAUAGCCUGUCCCCAGAAAUGGACGCAGAAGCCAAGGUAGGGAAGAGUCAGGAUAGAGCAUGUGAAGGUGAAGGAAGGGUGGAAGCAAGGUUGAUGAAUUUUCCAGUUUGGGCUGAGUGCAGGAAACAAACAGCAAUAUAUCGUAAAAAGAGGUGAGGGCGGGCACAUGAGUAGAACUGGAACAAAGAAUGUUUCAGGUAUUCCAUGGAAAGACAAGCACAGUUAGGACUCACAGUGGUUCCUCUUGGAGUAUAGUCAAUGUAAUGUAGGAAAGCCAGCAGCCAGUUUGCACACAGCAAGCUCCCAUAUACAGAUAAUAUCGAAAACCAUCUGUUUUUAAUGAUGUUCAUUGAGGGAUAAAUAUUGCCCAGGGCAUGAGGGAGAACUCCACAGCGUACCUUCAAACAGUGCCUUGGGAUCUUACACCCAACGGAGAGGGCAGACAGGGCCUCGGUCUGACAUCUGCAAAGCAACAUCUCUGACAGUACUGUACUGAAGCAUCUGUCUAGAUUUUGUGUUCAGGUCUCAGCAGUGAGACUUGAACCCACAAUCUUUUAUCCUGCCUGCUAUCUACUGAUUCACAGCUGACUGUUAGGCUAUGGACAAAUGGAAGGUCAGCUAUGAAUGACAGAGCAAACUAAGGCUAGGAUAGCGGCUAGAUAGAUGAAGCAUCUAACAAGGAUAGAGUGUGAUUUUUAUAGAAAGAAUAGGAGAGGAGAGUUAAUUAAAGCACCAGAUUCAAAUGCCAGGCUGCAGCAUUCGAUCUGGAAGGGGUUUAUACCAGAAUGGAGAGACAGAGUUUCUGAUUGAAUCACCACAGGGGUGCUGAACACUCUCAUUAAUUCUGAGACCCCUAAUUCCAAUAUGACGGCUGUUCAAUCCUCGUUGGUAGCCUGGAAUUUACUCUUAACGUUCCCAGCGGAUGGUAUUUAACACGUUCUUGUGACAUUCCUGUUGCUGCUAUUUUAAUGUGGCCUUUAAGUCAUUUUGUUAAACUCUGCUAAAAGGGCAGAUGGAAGAAUGUGCAAAGCACUUAUCCAAACAGUAAUUUUUAGAUUUGUAAUCUUAUAGUCAAGUUCCUGCCUUGUACUGCCUCUUCCCUUGAGACUAAAAGGGUUAAAUUUUGAAGACUGGUUGCAUAUAUUAAACAUUGUGCCUUAAAUAUGGAAAAUUAAGGGAUGAUUGAAUGGUUUAAGAUAAUUAAAGGACUUGAUAGGGUGGACAGAGAGAAACUGUUUCCCUUCUGUGGGAGUGUCCAGAACAAGGAGGCAUAACCAUAAGAUUGAGAUAGUGUCAGGAAGCACUUCUUCACAGAAUAGGUAGUGGAAAUCUGGAACUCUCUCCCCUAAAAGAGCUGUUCAAGCUCCCCGGGGGUCAAUUGGAAAGUUCAGAAUGAAGAUUGAUAGAUUGUUGUUAGGCAAGGGUAUGAAAGGAUAGGGAACCCAAGCAGGUGCAUGGCGUUAAGCUAUGGAUCAGCCAUGAUCUACUUGAAUGAUGGAACAGGUUCGAAGGGCUGAAUGGCCUCCUCCUGUUCCUAAAUUCUACCCCCUGUAUUGUUACUGAAUCACUCACGACAACCAUUAAUGGGGCUCUCUUCAUGAAAAGAUACAAUCUGGUGAUUUGCUUUUCAUUAAAAUGUCAAACUCUUUUCACCGUGAAAACCAUGGCCCUCGAAAACAGGAAAAGCCACUUUUGACAUUCUUUUGGGUAAAUAGCUCUGUGCUUUCUUUUCCCUGCUGACACUUAAAAAAAAAUUAGAGCUUGCUCUUCUGGCAUGUUAUAUAUGGAAAGUGGAAUUCUCUUUCACUCUGCGGGUUCACGGAUUCAAUAUUAUAAAGAAGUUUCAAGCUAGUCCUCCAAUUAAAAACCUGUCACCAGGAGGGAAUAACUAUACUGGCCAGCCAAUCAAACAUCUAGAAUUUUGCUUAGCUUGUUACCUUCCCUGACCCCUGAUUAAUGAUCAUUCACCCCCACCCCCCUGUUCUCUCCUUUUCAAUGCUCAGCCUUAUAAAUUGUGUACAUUAAAAGGUGGGGACUCUGGCCGGGGUGGGGGGUCACAAACACAAGGGAAAGCUCUUUUUCUUGCCUAUGCAGCCCCCAUAAACAACUCAGCUGUGGGGAGAAUUUUGUUCAGGCCCCGCUGCUUUUAUCAAUGAAGAACACCGAACAGGUAGCAGCCUGCGGCCCACACAAGACAGUUUCUCCACCCCACCCCCAGUGUGUUACAUCUGACAGAAGCGCUGUUCCUGUGUUCAGGAGUGCAUGUGCAACAAGCUGCAACCCUCUUGAACUGCCCUAGGGUCUUUUGCCCUAUGACGAGGUGACCCAAAGGCGAGUCAGUUGCCAAAGAAGUCUUACAUUGUGCCUUUUGAAACAUGCCAAUGUGCAUUAUAGCCAAUGGCUUAACUUUGAAGUGUAGCAACUGUUGUAGUAUGAGAAAUAGGGCAGCCAAUUUACACACAGCAAACUGCCACAAACAGCAAUGUGAUAAUGACCAGAUAAUCUGUUUUAUUGAUGUCAGUUGAGGGAUGAAUAUUGACCAGAACAUUGAGGCAAAUUCACCUGCUCUUAUUUAAAGUGGCAAACUAUUGGAUCCUUUACAUCCCUGAGAGGGCAGCUAGGUAAUAUUUAAUGUCUUAUCCUCCAGCGGUGUAGCACUCCCUCAGUACUGCACUGGAGCAUCAGCCUCAACUUUGUGCUCAAGUCUUCUGGCCCAAAGGUAAGAGCACUGUUACUGAGCUGCAGCUGACUAGCAUUGGGUACUGCUCUCUUUAAGUGGGUUUUCCUCAUUCGAAUACUUUGGCAUUUAGGCAAGCAAAUGCAUAGAGGGGCAGCUUUGCUUUUUGUGUAGAAAAAGGGGCAAAAGAUUGGCACCUGUGUAAUGGGUAGCUCGGAAUGGGAAGCAUUAUGAAAACCAGGACACAAAGCGCCCUUUUAAUGUGGAUCCUAGCUGUUUGGGGUAUUGAUUAUGCCCCAAAAUACGAUCGGCAUGCCAACCCUUCCCUUGCCCCCCUGCUGCAUCCAUCUCCCGCCACACCACCGCCCCCCCCGCCCCCACCCCAACUCACCCUUGUCUCCUUUGAAAGCAUUGGUCUAGUGUGGUUUGACAGUUAACAUGCUUGUGAAUGUGAAUGUUACAGUGGGGUGGUCUGUACACUGCACCAUGGCUCAUGAUGUACUUGGACUAGCUGACAACUGCUGAGGGAGCUGUCUGCUUCUUGCGUUCUGAAUGUAAAUGCACCGCCCUGGAGAUGUACUGUGUGGAAUGGAAUAAAG